AUGGUUCAGACUGGUAGGAACCAGUCCAGACCGGUUUGAACCGCUUCAAGGCGGUUGGAACCCGUUCAGACCGGUUUUAACUGGUUCAGAUUGGUAGGAACCGGUCCAAGCCGAUUUGAACCGGUCCAGACUGUUUGGAACCGGUCCGAAGCGGUCAAAGCCGGUUGGAACCAGUGCAAGACCGGUUGGUCUAGACCGGUUGGAACGGGUCCAGACCAGUUUGAACUGGUCAAAACCGCUUGGAACUGGUUGAAGCCGGUUGAAAUUGGUUCAGUCUGGUAGGAACCUGUCCAAGCCGGUUUGAACUGGUCCAGACCAGUUUGAACCAGUCGAAGCCGGUUGGAACCGGUCUAGACCGGUUGGAACUGGUUCAAACCGGUUGGAACCGGUCCAAGCCAGUUUGAACCGGUUCAGACCGGUUGGAACCUGUCAAAGCCGAUUGGAACUGGUCCAGACCGGUUGGAACCGGUUGAAGCCGGUUGGAACUGGUCCAGACCGGUUUGAACUGGUUGAAGCUGGUUGGAACUGGUCUAGACCGGUUGAAACUGGCUCAAACUGGUUGGAACCGGUCCAAGCCAGUUUCAACCGGUUCAGACCGGUUGGAACCGGUUCAAGGUGGUUGCAACCAGUUCAGACCGGUUGGAACUGGUUCAGACUGGUUUGAACCAGUCAAAGCUAGUUGGAUCCUGUCUAGACCGGUUGGUACUGGUCCAGACUGGUUUGAACUGGUUGAAGCCGGUUGGAACCGGUCGAAGUAGGUUGGAACUGGUUCAGACUGGUAGGAAGCAGUCCAAGCCGGUUUGAACCGGUCCAAGCAGGUUGGAACCGGUUGAACCUGGUUGGAACCUGUCUAGACCGGUUGGAACUGCUCCAGGCCGGUUUGAACCGGUCGAAGCUGGUUGGAAUUGGUCUAGACCGGUUGGAACUGGUUCAAACCGGUUGGAACCGGUCCAAGCCAGUUUGAACCGGUCCAGACUGGUUGGAACCUGUCUAGACAGGUGGGAACUAGUCCAGGCCGGUUUGAACCGGUCGAAGCUGGUUGGAACUGGUCUAUACCGGUUGGAACUGGUUCAAACCGGUUGGAACCGGUCCAAGCCAGUUUGAACCGGUUCAGGCCGGUUGGAACCUGUCAAAGCUGGUUGGAACUGGUCCAGACCGGUUUGAACCGGUUGAAGCCGGUUGGAAUUGGUCCAGACCGGUUUGAACCAGAUGAAGCCGGUUUGAACUGGUCUAGACCGGUUGGAACUGGCUCAAACCGGUUUGAACCGGUUGAAUCCAGUUGGAACUGGUUCAGACUGGUAGGAACCGGUCCAAGCCAGUUUGAACCCGUCCAGACCGUAUUGAACCAGUUCAAGGUGGUUGUUACCGGUUCAGACCGGUUGGAACCGGUUGAAGCUGGAUGGAACCUGUCUAGAGCGGUUGGAACUGGUUCCAACCAGUUGGAACCGGUCCAAGCCAUUUUGAACCGGUUCAAGGUGGUUGGAACCGGUUCAGACCGGUUGGAACCAGUCAAAGCCAGUUGGAACUGGUCCAGACCAGUUUGAACCGGUCGACGCUGGUUGGAACCAGUCUAGACUGGUUGGAACUGGCUCAAACUGGUUGGAACCGGUCCAAGCCAGUUUGAACUGGUCCAGACCGAUUUGAACUGCUUCAAGGUGGUUGGGACCGGUCUAGACGGGUUGGAACUGGCUCAAACCGGUUUGAACCGGUUGAAUCCAGUUGGAACUGGUUCAGACUGGUAGGAACCGGUCCAAGCCAGUUUGAACCUGUCCAGACCGGUUGGAACCGGUUGAAGCCGGUUGGAACUGGUCCAGACCGGUUUGAACCGGUUGAAGCCGGUUGGAACUGGUCUAGACCGGUUGAAACUGGCUCAAACUGGUUGGAACCGGUCCAAGCCAGUUUCAACCGGUUCACACCGGUUGGAACCACUUCAAGGUGGUUGGACCCGUUGGAACUGGUUCAGACUGGUUUGUACCGGUCGAAGCUGGUUGAAACCUGUCUAGACUGGUCAGUACUGGUCCAGACCGGUUUGAACUGGUUGAAGCCGGUUGGAACUGGUCGAAGCCGGUUGGAACUGGUUCAGACUUGUAGGAAGCAGUCCAAGUUGUUUUAA